AUGAUGCCGAGCUGCUACCCGGAGUGGCUGCAGCAGGCCGGAGCUGCAUCGGGGAGGGCACAGGUGUUUUCUUCAGCUCCAUGGAUGCUCCCAAAACUCGCGCAGGCGUCACUUUCCCCAUUCGCGACGUUGAUGGUGUCUCUGGCUGCCGUCGAGAUGACCGAUGAGACGACGAUCUCUAACAGAUCCACGGGCACAGGUGUUUUCUUCAGCUCCAUGGAUGCUCCCAAAACUCGCGCAGGCGUCACUUUCCCCAUUCGCGACGUUGAUGGUGUCUCUGGCUGCCGUCGAGAUGACCGAUGA